GUUAGCCAAUAGCUAAGCGAAUAAUUGUUUGUCCAUUAAAUCAAAUUAUACCCAUAAACAAGAUCAUAAAAAUGCAAAAUAAAAAUUCAACUCAGACAUUCAGGAUGCAGAAUUGUUUUCCGACAUCUUAAGCGCCAACAUUGGAUUGGGUGCGGCUUUUGUGACAAUAUAUAAACAUAUACCUCGAGCUAUUUUGUCGGUUUUCUCAGAAAAUCAGUCUACAAGAUUCUUCAUACUGUUUACACAAGUCAAGUGUAGUGAAUUUAGUAAUGAAUCUGAGCAGUGCAUUUUGCGUGUGGCUUCUAUUCAUCAUUAGCUGCGUGUCUUCCCAAUCUCGAUUCAAUCCUUCUAUUAUUCAAGAUUCACGAGUGGAACCGAAAGUAGAUGGAACGUUUGGAUUCCAGUAUAGAACAGAGGAUGGUAUAUCUCAUUCGGCUCAAGGCGAUCCAACGGGAUACAUUCAAGGAAGUUAUUCCUACAAGGACCCUACGGGCUUAAAAGUGAAUUUUAACUACUUUGCGGGCGCAAGAAACAAUGCAAACUCUUCACCGCCGCAGGGCGGAUUACCUCAAUACAAUAGGCCAGAACCAAUGGAAUAUCCCAGAGAAACAGAACCAGAUCAAUCACCGUAUAAAUACGUGCCAAGAACCAGACCCCCAGCUUCCUAUACCAGAUCUCAAUAUCAACCCUCUUACAGUGGAAGAUUCACCCAAAGUGUAGUUAAUGAAGUAUACGAUAACACCGAUUAUUCUCAGUAUGCAAUAUAACAAUAUUUAUAAUGUUAUUUAAAAAUAUCAAGUCAAUGGGUAAUAUUAUUGUAUGCGCUGGGUUUUGUUAGUAUAACGACUGUGUGUUUAAAAAAACAACAAAAUAAAUUGUUAUAAUUACUAAAAAA